AUUAUCCACUAAACUUUUGCGGUGAUAAAACAUUCAGUCUGGCCGUAUCCGCGAUUGAAACGAUACUCGGAGCUCUGAAUAAAAUCGUUAUCAGAAAUGACUUCUCCACCGACGAGAUGGGGAAUUAUGGGUGCUGGGAUGAUUAGCCAUGAUUGGGCUGUUGCUGUAUCAACGUUACCGACGACAGAACAUCAAAUUUUGGCUGUAAGUGCCAGAAGCAAAGAAAAUGCUGAGAAUUUUGCUAGGGAACAUAACAUCGCCAAAGCAUAUGGCUCCUACGCUGAAUUGUGCCAGGAUAAAGAUAUCGAUGUCGUUUACAUCGGUACAAUACAUCCGGAACACUUGAAAUUGGGAAAAUUGGCAUUGGACCAUGGCAAGCAUGUCCUGUGCGAGAAACCGUUAUGUAUGAACGUUAAAGAAACUGUUGAGUUGGUCGACUAUGCGAGAAGUAAGAAAUUAUUUUUUAUGGAGGCGAUCUGGAGUCGAUUCUUUCCGGCUUAUCUGAAAUUGAAGGAGGAUAUCGAUAAUGGGAGCAUCGGUGAAGUUGUGCAAGUGAUUGCUGGUAUGGGAUUGCAGUUUCCUGAGGACAAUUGGCGUAGAUCAAAAGAACUUGGCGGUGGUACUGUAAUCGACAUGGGUACAUAUUGUUGUCAAUUCGCGUCGCUGGUAUUUUCCGGACUGAAACCGGAAAAGAUUAUAGCAUCGGGUCAUCUGAAUUCGAGUGGCGCCGAUGAUAGUUCCAGUGCGACAAUUAUUUAUCCGAACGGAAAAACGGCAACCCUUAUCACCCACAGUCAGGUCAACUUUCCGUGCGAAGCACUAGCCAUUGGCACCAAGGGAACACUUAAGUUACCGUUUCCAUUUUGGUCUGCCGAUAAAUUGGAAACGCCAAACGGGGUGAUUGAGUUUGCGUUACCGAAAAGUGACAAGAAAAUUAACUACUGGAAUAGUACAGGACUGUCAUAUCAAUGCCAGGAGGUGCGGAGGUGUAUUCAAAAUGGAUUGACUGAGAGCCCGAUACUAACACUCGACGAGACUGUAUUGUUAGCCGAAAUGCGAGAAUCGAUAAGGAAGCAAAUCGGAGUGGUGUAUCCCACUGACUAGUUUCGUGAAUCAAAUUGUGGAAAUCGACCGAGUGGAUGAGUUACAGUUUCCUAUGACAUAACUCUUCGCUUCUUACGAAAUGCAUUUUACCAAAAGCGAUCAUACUGUAUGUUCAAUCGACGCUGCAUUGUUGAGCCUAUCGACCUGAAAUAAACAGAUUUUGAAGAAU